UUGUAAAUAAGUGAACUUUGACUUUCUUCUCGUAGGGCAAGAGACAAAAAAAAUGGCUACUCUCAAGCUUCUCAUCCUCCUCCUCUUCCCCGCCGCCGUGACCGCUUCCCUCUCCGGCCAUUCCUCGGCGGCGGAAGACACAGCCAAGAACCCACAUGCCUUCAUCGUACAGGUGGCCAAAGAGACGAUGCCCUUCCACAACGUCCUCUACUCCGCCGCCAUCGGAUUGGGCACUGACCCGACUGCCUCGAUCGACUUCGUCAUCGAUCUCGGAGGAGGGUUCCCCUGGUUCGUGUGUUCAACUGCACGUUACAACUCCUCCUCCUACCGCGAAAUCGGCUACUCCUCUCCCAAAUGCAGACUCGUCAAGAACCCUAGUAUGACGAGUUCUUGCUACCCGAUCGGCACCUGCCCCGAUCCAUCUUGCGGGGUGGACGUGAACAAUCCGUAUAGCAAUCGGAAUUAUCACGGAAGUGUCCUGUCACAGGACGUGAUGAGCUUCGUAUCAACCCCAGACGGUCGUACACUCGGCCCUCGUCUCGAAUCUCCUCAGUUGGUGUUCGCCUGCGCCGAUGACGAGGUUUUCGAGUAUCCUUUCCCGGCGUCAUCUCUUGGAAUGAUCGGCCUUUCCAAGAACGGACUCUCUCUUCCUAAUCAGCUCACUUCCGCCUUCAGGCUUCCCCGAAAAUUCGCUCUCUGCCUUCCUUCCAAGCCCAAAGCGUCAGCCCGAGGUGACCUUUUCAUCGGCGGUGGUCCAUAUUUCUACCCUCCGUACCAAGGAGACGCUUCCCGUCUGUUCGUGGCCGCCCCUUUGUUCGGCAAUCCAUACUACUCCACGUUGCCUCUGAUCAACGCCGCACCCUCUAACGAUUACUACAUCGGCGUGAAAUCCAUCGCGAUAGACGGAAAAACGAUUCCUUUCGAGAAAUCUCUUCUGUCGAUUGGCAAAGACGGGAAUGGCGGCACUCAGCUCAGCUCCAUCGCGCCCUGUACCUCAAUGCACCCUGCCAUCUUCAAACCCUUCUUCAAAGCCUUCAUGGCUAAGGCCACGGGGAAGAAUAUGGUCCCAGCACCGAGCGAUGGUAUGUAUCCGCCUAUGGCGUGCUUCGACCGGAGAAGCGUGAGAAGGGGAAUCACCGGACCGGACGUUCCCGUGAUCGAUCUGCUGGUUCAGGGCGGCGGGAUUUGGCGAAUCUACGGCUCGAACUCCAUGGUGGAUUACGAUGAGAACCGGACGUGCUUGGCGUUUGUUGACGCGGGGAAAGAAGCUCGGGCUGGCAUCGUGAUCGGUUCGCUUGCGUUGGAGGAUACAUUGGUCGAGUUCGAUCUCGAUUCCUCCAAGUUCAGUGUCACUUCUUCGCUUCUAAUGCACAACACUUCUUGCUCUCGUUUCAGGACAGCUUGAUUGUAAUUAAAUAUGUUAAAAAGAGAGAGUCAAAAUAUGUAUUUUAAUUAUACUUCGAAUAAAAAGAAUAUAUAAUUGAAUUUGUGUAACUAGUCAAAUAUU